UUUAGCGUUUAGCCUGGUUCAGCCUGGUCGAUGCCGUUUUACUUGCGUUUGCUGUUUAUUGACACAGUUCGUUAUAUUGGAAAGAGCAAAUUUCAAAAUUCGUCUGGUAUUAUGUUGCGACGAUCCAGAUAUUUUGCAAAUGAAUACUGCGCACGUGAGGAAAAGAUAGCCGAUGACCUGGUAUCAAUACAAAAUGAUAUUAACGAAAGUCAAAGUACCGCUAAAGAUAACCUGCGCAAGAUUUUGCAGCGUAUUGUUGACAAGGAACCACCUGAGCGCGCGAAAGCCGACGGUGGGCUGUACGUUGGCGCGUCCGGCAUUUCUUAUGCAUUUAUGCGACUUGCCAAUUGUACCGCCUUGGAGACUGAAACCAGCAAAAAGAAUUUGUUAUUAGCUGAAUAUUAUCUGCAUUCAUCUUUAUCGAUGGUGCAACGUCGCGAAGGACGUUCCAGUACUUCCAAUACCGGCUUCCUUCUGGGCGAUUGGGGUAUCCUAGCAAUAGGUGCAGUUCUCGCGGCUGCCCGAGGCGACAAUGAAACUGCCAAUGCACUGAUAAAGCAGUAUAUAGCUAUAGGAGAGCGCUGUAAAGAAGUAAACUUUUUGAAAUGCGGUUCGGAUGAAUUUUUCGUAGGCCGUGCCGGCUUCCUGUAUGGCGCAUUAUGGUUAAAUCGCAUGAUGAAAAGCAUCGUCGUACCAUUUGAUAUAAUGCACGAAAUUGCACAUACAAUUAUUACCUCGGGCAAAGCAUAUGUGCGAGUGCAUAAUAGUCCAUGUCCACUGAUGUAUGCAUACUAUGGUACAGAAUAUCUAGGCGCAGCUCAUGGACUGUGCGCGAUCUUACAAAUCCUUAUACAGAUGCCAUCAUUCCUCGAUAGCGACGCAGAUAUUGAUAAAACUGUGCGGACAUGCGUGGAUUAUUUGUUGAGCCUGCAAACGACAACUGGCAAUUUUCCAUGCUCCAUGGGUGAAGUAGAUCAUUCCGGACGAAGCCCCAAAGACAACGAUGACGAAUUGGUGCACUGGUGUCAUGGUGCCCCUGGCAUUGUCUACAUGAUGGCAGCGGCAUAUUUACGUUGGAAAGAUCAACGUUAUCUCGACUCGUGCAAACGUGCCAGCGAUCUUGUCUGGCGCAAAGGUCUUCUGCGUAAAGGGCCUGGGAUUUGUCACGGCGUGGCGGGCAACGGCUACGUUUUUCUGCUUCUCUACAGACUCACCGGCAAUAAACGAUAUCUCUAUCGUGCUGCUAAAUUCGCAGAUUUUAUGAAUUCGCCACAAUUUCAAGCUGAUGCACGCAUUCCCGACUCACCAUACUCACUCUACGAAGGCAUUGCCGGCACUGCCUGUUUCCUCGCCGAUCUUAUCGAACCAGACAAUGCCCAUUUUCCUUUUCAAGAUGUAUUCUAAGAGCCGAAUGGUGAAAGAAUAAUCUCUGUUUUUGCGUUAAACAUAUUUGAAUUUUAAAAAAUUGAAGAAAAUUUAUGAAAUUAAUAAUGUAAUGUGUAUUCUAUUUUUACUAGCAUCUUUAAAAUCAAUUAAUUUUAAGCUUUUACCUCUUUCGUUCUGUGAUUGUGUAAAAGAAAAAUUUAUAUAUAACUAAUAUAAUUUUAUGUAGUUUUUAUUUCAUAUGUUCUGUAUUGCUUCACAUUCUGUAUUUAUGUGACAGAUUAUUCUGAAGAUUGAGACAGAGAUAAGAAUCAACUACAUUUAUUGUUAAAAAUUAAUGAACAUAUACAGCAUAUGUUGGAUUUUUUGUAUCACAUUUAAAUUCUUCUAUUUGUCUAUUAUAUAUUAUAAAUUUGCUGUUCUAUUCCAAUACAAGAAUAUUUGUUUAUAACUAACAAGAUGCUACGAAUUGUAAAACACGGAAUCAGAUGAGCCUUAGUUUAUUCGAAAAGGGGAAUCGAAGGUUUAAAAAGUGUCAGAGCGUUUGAGUGCAUGGUCCUUUGUUUCAGAGAAAUUUGCAUGUGAAGUUUGGCAUUCGCCACGCAGUGCGUUAAGUACUAUUGCACGGUAGGUUAAAGCGUGAAGCGUGGUGGCUGAGGAGAUUAGGUGCGCGCCUUCUUUUUUAUCCUCGGCGGCCGCGUGUGUUCAAAACUUCGCAAGUUUCAAACACGCGGUCGCCGAAGACAAAAUAGAAGGCGCGCACCUAGUCUCCUCAACCACCAUGUUUCACGCUUUAACCUACCGUGCAAUAGUACUUAACUCACCGCGCGACAAAUGCUAAACUUCACAUGCAAAUUUCUCUGAAACAAAGGCUCAUGCACUCAAACGCUCUGACACUUUUUAUACCCUCGAUCCCUCCUUUCGAAUAAACUAAGGCUCAUCUGAUUUCGUGUUUUACAAUUCAUAGCAUCUCCUUGUAAGACAUACAUAUUAGCUAUCGUCCAAAAAAUGUCAAAAUAAAUAUUAUUAGUAACAUGAUACAUAUAUUAAUGUUAUAGUUGAGCA